UGACAUGAAAAACGGAGUACCAUCUAAAUAUAAUCGCCGACACUUUGAGAUUCUCUUACAAACCCCCCUUCAUUCGUAUCGUCAUCUUCAUCUCCCAUUUCUAUCUUUCUUGUGAGCUCACCCUGCACCUGCUAUUUUGUCCCUUCAUCCUUUCAAACCCACUUUAACAACAACAACAACAACAACAACAUGACCAUUCAGAUCCAAUAAAUACCCUUCAUCACCAACCCUCACCUCUUAUCUUCUUCAAAAGUUUCUGAAGAUGAAGCUGAAGUUGUCGCUCAGAAAGCCAGUUCUGGUUCUACUUUUCCUGACGGUUCUCGCUCCCAUUGUUCUCUACACCGACAAGCUCACUACCUUCUCUUCGUAUGAAUUCAUUCAGGAGCCUUCAACACUUUCGUUCAAUCGAGAUGUUAGACCUUUAAAUUUGCUUCCUGAGGAGUUAUCUGAAACCCUAAAGGAACCAUUAGGUGAUGUUCAUGUGGAAAAUUUGAGUAGAUCUGUUGAACAUGUUGAUGGUGAAAGCUCUAGGAGAAUUAGACAGCUUAAUGAAGAAUCUAAGGGGAUUGAAACUAUUGUUUUGUCUCAAGAAUACAAUCCUAUCAAGCAAGUUACUCAAGGUCAAAACCGAGUGGAAUCGGUUGAAAAUAAGGAGAAUUUGAAGGUGAAGGUGGCUGAGUUGCCUCAGCAUUCAUCAUCAGCUACUAAAUCUGAAACUAAACCCGAGGCUCAGAAACCUGGUAAAAGGGAACCUGCGAAACCCAAAAGUGAUAAACCGAAUGAACAUGUUAUAGUAGAUAACCGUGUUCGAUAUCUCAAGGAUCAGUUGAUUAGGGCAAGAGUUUACCUUUCCCUUACAGCAACACGAACAAAUGCUCAAUUUAGUAGGGAACUUCGGACCCGUGUGAAGGAAGUCCAAAGAGCACUUGGUGAUGCAACCAAGGAUACUGAUUUACCAAAAGGCACCUAUGACAAGCUGAAGGCGAUGGACCAAACAUUGGCUAAAGGAAAGCAAAUACAAGACGAUUGCACGGCCGUUGUAAAAAAACUGCGUGCAAUUAUUCACUCAACAGAAGAACAAGCGCGUGUCCAUCAGAAACAAGCCUUGUUUUUGACUCACUUAACCGCCAAAACUGUUCCUAAGGGCCUCCAUUGUCUUCCUUUACGUCUUUCUACUGAAUACUAUUCUCUAAAUUCUUCUUCUCAACAAUUCCCAAAUCAAGAAAAGCUUGAUGACCCGAACCUGUUCCACUAUGCACUGUUUUCGGAUAAUGUGCUAGCUACAGCAGUAGUUGUCAAUUCAACUGUUACAAAUGCCAAGGAUCCUUCAAAACAUGUGUUCCACAUCGUUACCGACAAGCUGAAUUACGCUGCUAUGAGGAUGUGGUUUCUUUCAAACCCACCCGGGAAGGCUACAAUCCAAGUUCAGAACAUUGAUGAAUUCACGUGGCUGAAUGCAAGUUACAGCCCUGUUCUUAAACAGUUAGCUUCUCGGAACAUGAUUGAUUAUUAUUUCAAAACGCAUAAGGGGUCCGAGUCUGAUUCGAAUCUGAAGUUCCGCAACCCGAAGUAUCUGUCAAUGAUGAACCAUCUUCGGUUUUACCUUCCAGAGAUAUUUCCAAAGUUGCGUAAAGUGGUGUUCUUGGAUGAUGAUAUAGUGGUUCAGAAGGAUUUGAGUGGUCUUUGGUCUAUUGAUCUGAAAGGUAAGGUGAAUGGUGCCGUUGAGACGUGCGGGGAAAACUUCCAUCGGUUUGACCGUUACCUCAACUUCUCAAAUCCCAUCAUCGCUAAAAACUUUGACCCGCGUGCUUGUGGAUGGGCGUAUGGAAUGAAUGUAUUCGAUCUUGAGGAAUGGAAGAAACAAAACAUUACAGACGUUUACCACUCGUGGCAAAAUUUGAAUCACGAUAGACAACUUUGGAAGCUGGGGACAUUGCCACCAGGUUUGAUAACAUUCUGGAAACGGGUAUACGCGUUAGAAAAGUCAUGGCAUGUACUUGGGCUCGGGUACAACCCGAGUGUGAGCCAGAAAGAGAUUGAAAGAGCGGCAGUGGUUCACUACAACGGGAAUUUGAAGCCAUGGCUCGAGAUAGGGAUACCCAAGUUUAGAGGCUACUGGAACAAGUAUGUGGAUUAUGAUCAGGCAUAUUUGCGGGAUUGCAACUUGAGUCCGUGAGUAGACAGAGCAGAAGUAACUCGGGUCAAUAAGUUGUAUAUAUUCUUUGAUUGUUGUUCAUAGUGCUGAUGGUUAGUUCUCUUAACUUGGCCUGGGCCGGGGUUAAAAGAGAAUCCAGCCACACAUUAUGUUAAUUUUGUUGUAAAGGAGCGGUAGAUUCAUGGUAUGAAGUUGCUGUUUGAUGUGUGCA